GGUCCUGCCAUUUUUAUUAGGGGUAAGAAAAUUUCUUUGAGUCAUAAACUAUCUGGAGAAAAUAGAACACGUUGAUUUUAUCCAGACAUUCAAAAAGUUUGUAUUUUUUCUAAGACAUUCUAGGAAACUACUAACUAGUUUUGACUACCCUUUAACAACAACUUGUUUGACCAUUUCUCCAGUCACAGCUCAAAGCCAAAUCCAACAUUCUUAUUUAAAGACCAAUUUUUUCAUUCUGGAUUUGGUAAAACAAGAAAGUUCAUUUUUCUCAAGAAAAAGCAUAGAGUAACCAGCUUUGAUAAAGAUGAAAUUUGGGAAAGAAUUUGCAUCUCAAAUGGUCCAAGAAUGGCAAGAAGCUUAUAUGGAUUACAAUUAUUUAAAAGGUGUAUUGAAAGAUAUCUUGAAUUUCAAGAAGAGGAAUGCACCUUUAGCAGAAAUUGCAGCCACCCCAAAAGGAUCUUUAAAAAGAAGGUUAUCUAUGUAUAGAGCAUAUAGUGGAUUACAAAGUAGAUACAACAGUUUCAAAAGUUUAUCUUUGAGUAAUAAUAAUGACCAAGAUGAUGAAGUUAUAUUAGUGAAUUCAGUACAACAAGAAGGAUCUGAAGGUCAUUAUCAAACUAUGUUUCUUAUGUCAUCUGAACAUGGUGGAGAAUAUGAAAUGGUUUUCUUUAGAAGAUUGGAUGAGGAAUUUAAUAAAGUGUUAACUUUUUACAAGAAAAAAGUAGGGGAAGUUAAGGCUGAAGCUGAUGAGUUGAGUAAACAAAUGGAUGCACUUAUUGCUCUAAGAAUUAUGGUUGAUAAACCUUCAAUUGAAAUGGAAAGUUCACAAGUCAAUGAUCCUACUCAUUUUAGAAGUCCAAGUAGGUUACAUAUGGAGGCAAUUCAAGAAGUAGAGAUGACAAGUGAAGAAAGACUGGAAAAGGAAGCAACAUCAGAGAGAAGAGAUACAGCAAAGAUGAAUGAAUUUAGGCCUGCUCCACUAGAGAUUUUGGAUCAUGUAAGAAUCAAUGUUGAACCCGAAACACCUGUUUCGACUUUAAGAAAAGUUAUCAGGAUUUCAGAUUCGAACUUAUCGUUCAGCAAAGAGGAGCUCAGAAAAGCUGAGGAACAAAUAAGAAAGGCUUUUGUUGAGUUUUAUCAAAAGCUUCGACUUCUAAAAAGCUACUGUUUCUUAAAUAUGUUGGCAUUUUCCAAGAUCAUGAAGAAGUAUGAUAAGAUCACCUCAAGGAAAGCUUCUAAAUCAUACUUAGAGAUGGUUGAUAAAUCUUAUCUUGGUAGCUCAGAUGAGGUUUCUAAGCUCAUAGAAAGAGUCGAGGCCACGUUUAUAAAGCAUUUUGUCAAUGGAAAUCGAAGGAAAGGAAUGAAAACUUUAAGACCACAAGCUAAAAGAGAAACACAUAGAGUAACAUUUUUCAUGGGUUUGUUCUCUGGAUGCUCAAUAGCAUUAGUGGCAGCUAUUGUUGUAUCGAUACGUGCAGGAAACCUUCUAGAGCACAAGGGCCGUGGGCAGUAUAUGGAUAACAUAUUUCCACUCUACAGCCUAUUCGGAUUCAUUGUCCUCCAUAUGCUCAUGUACGCGGGGAACAUAUACUACUGGAGGCGUUUUCGGGUCAAUUAUCCCUUUAUAUUUGGCUUCAAGCAAGGAACAGAACUAGGUUACAGACAAGUUCUUCUCCUUGCUUCUGGUCUUGCAGUACUUGCAUUAGCUGCAGCAUUGGCCAACCUGGAUAUGGAGAUGGAUCCAAAAACAAGAAGUUUUGGGACAGUAACUGAGCUAAUACCACUUGCCCUGGUGGUUGUUCUGCUUCUAAUAACUUUUUGUCCUCUGAACAUCAUAUAUCGUUCAAGUCGUUUCUUCCUUAUAAGAUGUGCCUGGCACUGUCUAUGUGCUCCCCUUUAUAAGGUUACUCUGCCAGAUUUCUUCUUGGCAGAUCAAAUUACCAGCCAGGUUCAGGCAAUUAGAAGUUUGCAAUUCUAUGUUUGCUACUACGUGUGGGGCAACUUCAGAACAAGAUCAAAUAAAUGUCAAGAUAGCAGUGUUUACCAAAUCUUAUACAUAGUCGUUGCAAUUAUUCCCUUUUGGUCUAGGUUUAUUCAGUGCCUUCGCCGCUUAUUUGAAGAGAAAGAUUCGAUGCAGGGGCUUAAUAGCCUCAAAUAUUUCUCAACCAUUGUUGCUCUUGUAAUGAGGACGCUUUACGAUCAGAAGAGAGGAACUUUUUGGAAAGUAAUGGCAGCAUCAACUUCAGGAAUUACUACAGUUGCAAACACUUACUGGGAUAUUGUCAUAGAUUGGGGUCUACUGCAAAGGAACUCAAAAAACCGUUGGUUGAGAGACAAACUACUUGUUCCACACAAGAUUGUCUACUUUGUUGCCAUUGUUCUUGACAUUAUUCUGAGACUAGUAUGGAUGCAGUUGGUUCUUGAUAUUCAAGAACUACCAUUUCUGCACAAGAAAGCAUUUGUUGCAGUUGUAGCCAGUUUGGAAAUCUUUCGCCGUGGCCUGUGGAACUUUUUCAGGUUGGAAAAUGAGCACUUGAAUAACGUUGGAAAAUACCGUGCCUUCAAGUCCGUACCGCUGCCGUUUAACUACGAUGAAGACAAGAGUAUAUAACUAUGUAUAAUUAGCUGAUACAAGGAAGUUGGAAUCCAGAGUACUCUAAGACUCAAAAUAUUUUCUUUUCUCUUGUACAAUUCUUUGAAUCAUUCGUCAAUGGUGUUUAUAAUAUAGUAGUUUUGUUCAUGAAAUUAAACAGUGAAGGUAUAUAUAGGACAAAAAGAAAGUUGAUUCCA